CUGACAGAUAUAGAUACACACACGUAUUCACAGAGUCACUGAGUGGCCACUACAGCAACAGUGCGUCCACUGUGAAGGAAAACAAGAAAAAGUUCCUUUAUGUGUUUCCUUAUUCUGGGACACGUUCAGACUUAAUCACAGGGUCAAGGCAAUGGGAACAUACGCAGACCAGAGGGACCAGUAUAUGCUCAAUGGGAGUCUAGAGGGCGGAAAGACGCUGCCCAACUUCCAGGACAUGGAACUGAGGGAGGAGUGGCAGGAUGAAGAGUUUCCCAGGCCACUUCCAGAAGAAACACAGGAUCCAGAAGAUGAGCUGGAGAGUCCUGUUACAAAUGGUGACAGACCAGUGCCACCCAGCAGCCUUGCACUGUCUGGAGGCCAGCCCACAAAGAAACGCCUGGUGGCACCCACCCUCAGCUUGACGCUCGACCAAAGUGACUCGGUAAUCUCUGAUGAUUUUGCCGGUGCCGCCCUCUCCCCUUCCCCUGACGAUGACACCGAGCUGGACAUCAACCUCGAGGCCCUCGAGACGCCAUCCGACAGCGAGUCCUGCAACUUUCCCGACAGUAUGCACGACCUGGAGUGGGAGGAUGACCUGCCGCGGAUGGGCAGGGAGGAGGGUGGGGCGGUCAGCACACCUGUGGAGCAGACAGAGAUGGAGAUGGACCAGGUGGACAGCAAGGGCCGCAGGUGGCGCCGGUUCCGCAUCGCCGGGCAGGACUCCAAGGUCAACAUGAGCGUGCUGGAGCCCUACCUCCAGGUUCUCUCCCACGGGGGUUACUAUGGUGACGGAAUGAAUGCCAUCAUCGUCUUCUCCUCCUGUUAUCUCCCAGAGAACACAAUUGAUAACUACGAGUAUGUCAUGGACAACCUCUUCAGGUAUAUCGUGGGGACACUGGACCUGAUGGUGUCUGAGAACUAUAUCAUGGUGUAUCUGUGUGGGAUGGCCCCUCGAAACAAGAUGCCCGCCAUAAAGUGGCUGCGUCAGUGCUACAUGACCAUCGACAGGAGGUUGAGGAAAGAUCUGAAAGGCCUGUUCAUUGUUCACCCGACCUGGUACAUCAAAGCACUGGUCACCAUUGUCAAGCCUUUCAUCAGUGUGAAGUUCAGUCGGAAGUUGCGAUUCAUCCAUAGCCUGCAGGAGCUCCAGGAGUACAUCCCCAUGGAACAUGUGCAGAUCCCUGAAUGCAUACGAGAGUUUGACAAGACGAUGAACAGGUGAAUUGCCCACAUUGUCACCCUGUAAUAUUUUGUACAUAAGGACUGAACUGUUGGGUGGAAGAUUUGACAAGGCUGGACAAUCAAGCACAAGCACCUGGACUGACAGUGUGAGGGCAAAGGUCAGGUGGUCACACAGUGCCACAGCACCAAAAUAGAGAAGGCUUUAUGUGUACAGUAAAGGGUUGUUAAAUAGGAACAGUGGUGCACUGGAGAGUGUGUGAUUACACAUACAAUAUAUCCCAAUUAUUUGGUGGAAGGGAGGACUGUUUGGGCAUCUUGCUUAAUGCUCAAUGAUGCUAAGUACCACAUGGUAAAAAAGGUAAACUUUCCAAGCCCUGUUCAUUGGUGAUGAUCAUGGUUAUCAAUCUGUAUGACUAUGUCGCUCAAGGAUCUCCUUGUAGAAAUGCCUCAUGGGAUAAAACUAAGCACAGCACUUGACGACUUUAAGAUGUCUUUUACCCCCCUGUGUAAAGCAAUGGACAAUGUUCCUCUUAAUCCUCUGAAAUCUAAGCAGACCGGAAUGGAGCCUAGGUUUGUCUGAGUGGAAAGUUUAAAAUGUUGGGAAAGUGAAGCAUUGUCAGAACAGGCAGUAAUAACACCGCUUCUAUCCAGUCUGUCACGGUGACUUGACUGAUGUCUCAGAGUGAGCUCAUUCUUACAGAACACCUCUCAUCUCUCAUAUUGAACGCUUUGCAAACACAACAGACCCCCCUCCCUCUCUUUGCGCAGGAAGUAUGUGACAUCAGCACUGUCGCAUAACAGUAAGGUUAAUAGGCAUAAUACCUUUGUCAAUGCAGAUAUGUAACUUCUGGUUGAGCAUUGUGAGCUAUCUUUGGGCAAAUGA